CCCGCGUCUGCCCUAGGGACUGCGGGAGGAGCCACCAUUAGAGGCCUGGGGGAGAGCCUCCGCUCCCGCCCAGCAGCCGGCUAGAGCUGGGCGAUCCCGGCCCGCGGGCCGGGGGCCGGGCGGGGCGCAGCCCUCGGGGGCGUGUCCUCCCGGCCGCCGCCGCCGCUGUCUCCGCCGCCGCCGCUGCCGCUGCCCCCUCGAGAGGCAGGCAGCUGGCCAGGCAGGGCAGCAGCGGCCGCAGAAGGCGGGAGGCGGCGAGCAUGGAGCGCGAGCUGGAGGCGCUGGCUGCUCGGCCCGCGCGCGCGGCUGAGCCGCCCUUCCAGGCGCUGGUGGAGGCGGCGGGCGGCUGCGGGCAGGUGUUGCUGGUGGGAGAACUGUGGGAGCGCGAGCAGAGCCGCGCGCUGCUGUGGGACUUCGCCCGGGCGGUGUUCCCGCCCCAGCAAGCCGCGGGCAAGCCGGGCGGCGAGGCGGCCGAGGGCGCGGGGCCCGGGGCGCCGGGGGCGCAGAAGGUGCCCGCGACCCGGGCGCGCGCCAUCCGCUCACCGCUGGUCUUCGUGCUGUGCCGCGCGUCAUCGCUGGCAGCCCGGGAGCCGCGGCGGCACCUGCGGGAGAUGCUGCGGGACGUGCGCAGCCGGCGGCGGCCCGGCGCGGCGUUGGUCGGGGUGCUGGUGGCCGAGGCGGAGCCCGAGGAUGCGGUGGCUCCGGAGCUGCGGCUACUGGAGGCGCUGCUGCGCACGGUAUUCGGCCGCCAGGCUGGAGGCCCGGUGCAGGCGGCUGCCUACUGCCCCGGCCACCCGGCUUCCAACUUGACUGUUCAGGCGGCCGCCUGCAGGGCCCUGCAAGCCGCCGGGCGCUUGCGACCAGCAGAAGGAGCGUGGGAGAGACCCGGCCUCCCAGGACUGCUGGCAUGCUUUUCCUGGGGUCCCUGGAGCCGGGGGAAGGACCCAGAUGCCACUUCCCCCAGUGACCCAGCUCAGGGAUAAAAUCCUAGAAGUGGAAUUGCUGGGUCAAAGGGUAACUUCCAGGAUCCUGAGGAGGAGCUGGCACUGACAGUCGUAUAUCCCAAUGGAGAUUGCGAGGAUCCCAGAAAGGGUUCAGUAGCCUGUGAUAGAGUUGCCUCCACUCCCACUGAGCCC